CAAUAGGCCUUCGUCGAUGCAGACGUUUUGUUUGCUAAUUAGUCCGUCAGGCAAAAGUAGGAAACCCAUCGAAGCACGUGCUUUCUCAUCUCUCUCUCUCUCUGAAGAAUUCCCACUCAAACUAUACUAAAACACUGCCCCGGCACUUGGUCUGCUAGAAUCAAAGCGGUAAACGUUGUCAAGAGCUCGAGCGGACAGCACUAGAAGCGGCGAAAUGAACCUGUUGGCCAAGAUCGUACUGUUCCUCCUGACUCUGGAGGAUGUGGGUGCACUGGAGGCCAAUCUAACAGCCUGGCGACAUCACAGGCGGCAGAAGCGCUUCCUAAUCUACCAGAACGGAGGCGUUCUCAAGUUUGUCUCUGGUUGCACUUUUCCGGUCCCGUUCAUGGAGAAGAAGGCCUGGCGCCAGCUGGUCUGGCUGAUGAACUUCCACUAUCAAUUCAAUGAGCCACAAACGCCCAUCUACUGGUGGAAGCUCUGGGGCAGUUCCCGGGACCUCAAGGGACCUGUUGCCAGCCAGCCAGCUCCGCCUUCUUCGGUGCCAGCUCGUCUCCUGGUGGAUGAGCCGCAGCUCCUGCUCUUUCGGUUUGCCGAGGGCUACAUGAAUCAGUUGGGUCAGAAUGGACCAGCUUGUCUGGAGCGUUUGAUUUGUGAAAAUGGGCAGGUGGACGAGCACAGUGGGCUCUAUGCACAGUUACUGCACAGACUUUUGAGACCUCAUCACACGCUGGACAGACGCUACUUGGAUGCCUAUCGGAUGGGUCGUCAUGGCGUUGACUGCCGAAGGGCCUAUCCCCAGGCAAAUCAUUGCGUCCUGGACGACUACGUGCAUCUCCAUGAGCGUGGACCCACACAGAGUUAUCUUUAGGUCAUUACGUUACGUUACAGGUCUCGGGAGCU